UCUUCCAAUUUCACAUUUUGACGUUCGACAACUAUUCAUGUUGAUUUUCAUUUCACAAUAAUGGAUCAGAAACAAGAGGUUUUUCUAAAAGUACUAAAAAAUAAGGCUGAUUUUGUAAUCAAGUAUUAUAGUGAAGGUUCGGAGAUUGUUGCCAAAGAACUACGCAGACUUUACAUGAAAGAACUUGAUAACUGGCACAGCUCAGAGGCGUUUAAGGAAUUGAUGAGUGUGACAGCUAUUGAAAAAUACGGAAAAUUGUCUGAACAUUUUCGUGCUAAGCAGUUGAUGCUUAUUGAAAAGGCAAAGGGUGAUAAUAAAAAGGACCUUAUUUCCCCUAAAACAUCUGAUAUGACUGUCGAGUUGCUCUCCGAUGGAUUUGAUCUGUCACAGGAAGAGUGGAGUGAACUAGACAAAACUAGUGAAUCUAUUGCCAACAAUCAUUCCACGCUUAUUGGAGAUAGCGAUCCAGUUCAAACAACUGCUUCAGUCAGUCCAGAUGUCGAGAAGAAUGGCGAAGAAAAUGAUUCAAAGAAGCAUAGAGUUAAGGAAAACAAUUAACUUGUAACCAUACUCGAUAACUUUUAUUAAACACAAAUAAAGAUUAGUAAUUGAAA